CCAUCGAAGAACAAAAGGCGAAAGUUAGUAGUGCACGACGUGCUACGAAGCGGAUACCUAAAAUUGUGUACUCGUGGUUGCUAAAACAAAACGUCCAGCCGGCCAAAUAAUUUAUUGGCAUUCCGACCGUUUAAGAAAACGAUGGCGUCGCAGAAGCAACAACUUUGUGGAACGAGAGAGGAAAGCGAGCGACAAUCACAACAACAGGACGUCAUCCAUGAUGUCUGGCAGCUGACCGGGGGGAGUCCCACUUUGGAGCAUACACAGCCCCCCUACAUUAAAAAUGAAGAGGAGCACGCUGACUUCAACGAGUUCCCACUGACCGUUAUAGUUGUGAAGAUCGAAGAAGAUGAAGAUGGAGCAACUGAGUCGGCACAGCUUCAUCAUCACAUUCCGAGUGGAGGCCACUGUGAAGGAGCACCGGCAGAAAACCUCUUACCGCCAAUGUCAGAUAGCGACAACACGGAAGAUAGAAACGAUGCUGAAAGGGAAGCUGAUGACAAAUAUUUGAAAAAGGAGACAACUCUUAACAACAAGAAACGGUCUCACACACGUAAAGAAGACAAUGCAGUACACACUGACUUCAGCGUCUCCAAUACCGACGCUAAGGGGCAGCCGCGGGAUGCCACGGACGCUGUCGCUGACUUAAUGCCACCGUCGAAGAGGGAAAAGGCGGAAGUUACCGAGGUUUUUUUUUUUUUUUUGUCGGCGUACAAGAAGCAAAAAGGCAGGUCGAAUUCGUGUACUCGUGCUCCUUCAAAGAAAACAAACUGUUGAAGGCGUUGCUUAAUAUUCGGACGUGCUUUCUGAAAGAAGGAUGGCGUCGCACGAGGUGAAGCCUCGUCCAGGGAGAGAGGAGAACGAAGGAGAACCAAAACUGGACGCCAUUUUCUCGACACCCGUUGUUCCGCACAGCCAAGAGGUCCAGCAGCCAAUGGGUCAUCGACAAGAGCCUCCACAUUCACCCCACAUCAAAGAAGAGGAGGAGGAUGCACAGCUGCCCCGUGUUAAAGAGGAAGAAGAGGAGGUUGAUGUCAGCGAGUUGUCACUGAACGUCGUCGUCGUGAAGGGUGAAGACGAUGCAGACGAACCAUCCGAUUGGUCACAUCUUCAUCAUCCCAAUUCAAGCGGAGGACCACCACCAGACAAACUUUUACCCUCACUGUCACACUGUGACAACAUAGAAGAACACUUGAACAGCAACAAAACCUGUCAAGCUGAAAACAAAUGCAUUGAAAGCGCUGAAAAAGAUUUGCGUAAAGAACAUUUGACCUGCUCACUUUGUGGCAAAACCUUUACUUGUAAGUACAGCGUAAAGGAACACAUGAGAACGCACACGGGAGAAAAGCCCUUUAGUUGUUUAGUUUGCAGUAAAACCUUUGCUUGUAAGUCAAAUAUGGUGAGGCAUAUGAGAGCACACACUGGAGAAAAGCCAAUUUUUAAUUGUUCAGUUUGCGGAGAUACAUUUUCUCAAAAGGGGUCUUUGAUUGUACACAUGGCAACGCACACAGAAGAAAAACGUUUCGCUUGCUCUGUUUGUGGGAAAAGGUUUGCUAAAAGAAAAAAUAUGACUGUACACAUAAGGACACACACUGGAGAAAAACCUUACAGUUGCUCAAUUUGCGGUGAAACGUUUGCCAAAAAGAUUUCUUUGAUAGCACACACAGUGACACACACAGGAGAAAAACCUUUUACGUGCUCAAUUUGCGGUGAAAGCUAUUCGUAUAAGCGCAGUUUGAAUAUACACACCCGAACGCACACGGGAGAACGUCUCGUUAGUUGUUCAGUUUGUGGUGAAAGUUUUUCGUACAAAAAGAGUUUGAAAGCACAUAUGCGGAAACACACAGGAGAAAAACCCUUUACUUGCUCAAUUUGCAAUGAAAGAUUUACUUAUAAGCAGACUUUAAAUGCACACAUGAAAAGACACACGGGAGAAAAACCUUUCAAUUGCUCAGUGUGUGGUGAAAGUUUUACUUAUAGGCCAACGUUUAAUGCACACAUGCGAACACACACGGGAGAAAAACCUUUCACAUGCCCAGUUUGUGGCAAAAGCCUUUCUUACAAACACAGUUUGAAUGAACAUAUGCAAACCCACGCAGAAAAACGCUUCAGUUGCUCUGUUUGCGGUCAACAAUUUGCUCAGGAAGCCUCUUUGAGUUCACACGCAGCAACACACACGGGAGAAAAACCUUUCACCUGCUCAGUUUGUGGCGAAAGCUUUACUCAAAAACAAUAUUUACUCAAGCACAUGAGAAGACACACGGGAGAAAAGCGAUGUAGUUGCUCAGUUUGCAAUAAAAGUUUUGCCUCUAAGCAACAUUUGAAGGUGCACAUGUGGACACACACAGGAGAAAAACCUUUUAGUUGCUCUGAAUGCGGUGAAAGCUUUACACAAAAACAAUAUAUGGUUCGACACAUGAGGAAACACACUGGAGAAAAACCUUUCACUUGCAUAGUUUGUGGGAAAAGUGUCACUUCAAAGCACAGUUUGAACGCACACAUGCGGGGCCACACAGAAGAAAAACCCUUCAGUUGUUCUGUGUGUGGUAAAAGAUUCACAAGCAAGAGAAAUUUGAAUGUACAUACGAGAACACACACCGGAGAAAAACCCUUCAGCUGCUUAGAUUGCGGUAAAAAGUUUUCUUUUAAGCAAAACUUGAACGCACACAUGCUGACACACAACAGGGAAUAAACGUUUUUCAUCGGCGUUUUUGUGGACACUUUGAAUUUAACAUUUAUUGGAGGUAAUGAUUCAUCAGCAAGGUUUUCAUAACUAUCCAACAUAAUUAUUUUAUUAUUUUAAAUACAUGGCGUGCCAGUUGAAUGCUCUUCUCUUCUUUCUUUUUUGCUACAAUUGGUGCCAAGCAUUGUAAAGUCUGUUCCUGUACGUCAUUGAUUAUUCAGGUGUCAAUAUUACUUUGAAAUUUGUUGUUCUGAGUAUAUUUUACAUUUUAAAUCAUGUCUUUCCUUGCUACGGCUAACUUUGUUAAAACUGGCUUUUUACAUUAUCGGCUACCAUUCAUAGUGUCAUGACAAAAAAAAGACCACCAGGUGUAUUGUUUCAGUUUUGAUCAUUUUGUAUGUAAUUUAGUAUUUUCUGUUUAUUACUUGACAUACACAGCAAAGACAGGAACGUUGAUUUGAGAGCAUUACAGUAUUGGGAAGCUUUUAGCUGAAAAAUUAACUUUUUUUUUCUCAGUUUGAGCACCAUGGAAGCUGUUAAUUAUAGAAAUAUAUAUAAUUGUUUAUGUAUUUUUUUUCCUUUUUUACUUCUGUACAUAGAGUAUGUACUUGUUGAAUCUUUACCUAAGUACAGGAAUUGAAUCAGUAUUUGCUAUACUAGAAGUUUCCUUUUUUUUUGUUACUGAUAACACUUCAAUCAUGCAGUCCAGAAACCCGACCCCCCACACACACAAAAACACAAAACAAGUGAUGGUAAUAAUCUACCACAAGAAUCUGAAUUAUAAAUGUCUCUUUUCAUUAAUGUUAUUGCAUUUAGUAUUCAAUUGUUUCAAUGUAAAUUAUUGCAUGAUUGCAAUAUGUUACACAAUAAAUGACCAAGGUCAAACAUCAUGUUUGUGUCACCCACAAUAUUUGUAGUCAAAAGAAUGACCCUAUCUGAUGGCCAUCUUAAGCUCCACCCUAUUAGCUAUGUCACACAAGCUU